AUAGUAUUCGAAGUUCUGAAGUUGAUGUCUUGGUGCAAUGCAGACUUUUUUAUAGCAUUUGCAGUUCUGUCGUUAAUUUCUUGGUGUGGUGCAAUAUUUAUUGUGAUUUCGCUGACCUUUUACUACUUGUUGAAAUACAGCGACGAUUAUUCUCUAUUGUACAUGACUUUAGUAUGUUCGUUUGAGUUUGUGAUACUGUUGAUAAUCUCACAAUACCAUGUCAAUGCUUUUUUCCAUUGU